AUGAAGUCCUCCAAGGCACCCCAGUGCGGUAGAAGCACCCGGAGAAAUGCCAGCCAGCGUUACCUGUAUCAGGAGUCCCUGCUGCUCAGCAGCCUGGAUGAGGCCGACGAGGCGGGGGACGGCGCUGACCCCGAGGAGGUCUUCCAGAACAUACAGCUCCAGAAGGACCUCAUGGCCAGCCUCCGCUGCCGGCCCUGGAGCAUGGGGCGGAAGCUGCAGGCCCUGCGGCGCGCCAAAGAGAUCGUGCUGCGGUUCGAGGGGAGGCUGACGCGGACACGCGGCUACCAGGCGGCAGGCGCCGAGCUCUGGCGGAGGCUCGCGCGGCGGGCCAGCAACUGCGCCAGGGCCUUCGUCCCCUGGGAGACGCGCAUCAAGAGGAUCGAGAGCCACUUUGGGUCCGGGGUCGCCUCCUACUUCAUAUUCCUGCGGUGGCUGGUGGGCCUCAACAUCGUGCUGGCCGCCAUGACGGGCGCCUUCGUUGUCGUCCCCGAGCUCAUCGCCGGCCAGCCCUUGGGGAGCACGGCCAGCAAGACCAUCCCGAAGGAGCACAUUGCCUCGGCCCAAGACCUGGACACCGUCUGGUCCCUGGGGGGCUACCUGCAGUACUCCGUGCUCUUCUACGGCUACUACGGCAGCGAGCGGCGCAUCGGGCGGGCCGGCUACCGGCUGCCCCUGGCCUACUUCCUGGUGGGGAUGGCCGUGUUCGCAUACAGCUUCAUCGUCCUCCUAAAAAAGAUGGCGAAGAACUCCCGCACCAGCCUGGCCAGCGCGCCCAACCAGAGCUACACCUUCUGCUGGCGGGUGCUUUGCGCCUGGGACUACCUCAUCGGGAGCCCCGAGGCUGCAGAGAGCAAGACCGCGGCCAUCGUGAACAGCAUCCGAGAGGCCAUCCUGGAGGAGCAGGAAAAGAAGAAGAGCAAGAACCUGGCCGUGACCAUGUGCCUGAGGGCCGCCGCCAACAUCCUGGUGCUGGUGUCGCUGGCCGGCAGCAUCUACCUCAUCUACUUCGUGGUGGACCGGUCCCAGAAGCUAGAGCGCUCCAAGGCAGAGCUGACGCUGUGGGAGAAGAACGAGGCAAGCGUGGUGGUCUCCCUGGUGACCCUGCUGGCGCCAUCCGCCUUCGACCUCAUCGCCGCCUUGGAGACGUACCACCCGAGAACCACGCUGCGCGUCCAGCUGGCCAGGGUCCUCGUGCUCUACCUGGGCAACCUCUACAGCCUGAUCAUCGCGCUCCUGGACAAGGUGACCAGCAUGAGCACAGAGGACGCAGCUGCCACAAACAGCACGAGGCCCGGCCUGCCCCUUCCCACCUUCCUCGCCACCAGGACAGCCCCGGCGGCGGCCCUCACUCCCAACUACGGCUGGCCGCCUGCGGAGGCCAACGGGACCGGGGUCCCCGCACACAGCUCGCCGGGCGCCUGCUGGGAGACCUAUGUGGGCCAGGAGAUGCUGAAACUCUCAGUCAUUGACAUGCUGUUCACCGCGGCCAGCGUCCUGCUCAUCGACUUCCUCCGCGGGCUCCUGGUGCGGUACUUGAGCGACUGCUGGUGCUGGGACCUGGAAAGCAAGUUUCCGGAGUACGGGGAGUUCAAGAUCGCGGAGAAUGUGCUGCAUCUGGCCUACAACCAGGGCAUGAUCUGGAUGGGGGCCUUCUUCUCCCCGUGCCUCCCAGCCUUCAACGUCCUCAAGCUGAUCGGGCUCAUGUACCUGCGGAGCUGGGCUGUGCUCACCUGCAACGUGCCCCACCAGCAGGUGUUCCGGGCGUCCAGAUCCAACAACUUCUACCUGGGCACGCUCCUGUUCAUGCUCUUCCUCUGCAUGCUGCCCACCGUCUUCGCCAUCGCCCGCUACAAGCCAUCAGUGGGCUGCGGGCCCUUCAGUGGACAGGAGAGGAUGUACGACAUCGUGGCCGAGGCGGUCGAGGAGGACCUCCCCGCCUGGGUGGGCUCCGUGCUCGGCCAUGCGGGCAGCCCGGCGGUCAUCGCGCCGGCCGUGCUGCUGCUGCUCAUGCUGGUCUACUACCUGCAGAGCGUCGCCCGCUCCCUGCGGCUCAGCAACCAGCAGCUGAAGGCGCAGAUCCAACAGGCGAGAUCUGAAGAUAAGAAAAAGUUCGCCCAGAUGGUGGAAGCCUGGGUCCAGCCCCAGGGGGACAGCGCCGCAAGGCCCCCCAAGGACAGUCCGCCGGCCUCCACGUGCCCAUCCACGCCCCAGGGCAACGGCGGGGUGCCGCAUCCUGACUCAGGCAGCAGGAGUGGCUGGGUGCAGACUGUCACCCGCCCUGCGCCCCCAGGGCCCUGGCCUGGGCCGGGCAGCCCCAGUGCACCCCUUCCAGGCACCCGCGGACCCCGGCGGAAGCAGCACCGGGCCAGGUCCCCCCAGGAUCCUGGCACCAGCACCUGGGGCCCUCGCCAGGACAGACCCCCCAGCCCCCAGCCGGCACUGAAGCCCAUCCAGGCCGUCCACUCAGAACCACUUUUCCGGAAAGACUUUCAGCAAAUGGACCCGCGUCUCCGUGGACGGGACAUCACGGCCUUCGCAGGAGGCUGGCGGGCCCACGGCCCCAGGUGCUACGUGGUCAGUGAAUGUGAUGCCCAUAGAAGGGCCCGUCCAGCCUGCUGGCCAGAAAGUGCUGCCCAGCCGGAUGCCUGGUGCAGCAUGGGGGAGACACCCCCCAGGAGCGCCCCCCACUGUGUGACCCGCGCCUCCCCGCGGGCAUGCCCCCCAGGGUCCAGUGGAGCAGCGGCGGUGGCCAGGCGGAUGGGCUGCGGCCUGCAUCCUCGCUCCCUGGCCGACCUCCGCUGGGACCCCUGCCUCUGUGCUGAUGCAGGGCUGGGCCAUGGGGCCCCCGAGCGCCGGCGGGGGCAGCUCUCCAAGUCAUGGGAUGACAGCUGUGCGGGUGGGCGAGGCAGGCUGGGGUGCGGGCGACGGUCACGGGAUCCCCAGCACCCCCCCAAGCGCAGGGCCCAGCCCAAGCUCUCGACGCCCCUCACAGAUUCAGACUCUGCAUCAGCCACGUCCAGCAGUGACCCCCGCAGCAGCAGUGCUGACCAUUCCCUGCCCAGUGGGGGCUGGCUCCGGUGGCCUGUGGGCCCUCGAAGUGGGGGGCAACCUGCCCUGGGGCCAGGGCUGCAGGAGCUGGUCUGCUCCCACGUCUAG